UCCCUGUCUCAUUGAAAGCAGAUCUUUCCAGGAGGAGAAGAAAGAAAGCGGGGCGUGCAUGCUGAGGCGAGCGACGUUUCGUGACACUUCCAAGAUCGACUGGGAAGUCCUUAUGGUAGCUGAAGGGCGCGUGUCAUCCUUCCCGAGCGAGAUCCAGAGGCUGAAGGGCUGGCCCCGACGUUGGAUCCACUCGGCCAGCACCUACAUUUAGAAUAACAGACAAUGACCGACCGCAAUGAGAACCUCCUGAAUCUGAAAUCAACGGAUCGAUCGAAGCAAGCGCCGUACAAAACUGCCUGCAACUGGAACAACAACAACGACGUUCGCGGCAACGGCACGACGAACGUGAUCAGAAGAGAUCCGAAUCACUAUCCACCAUCGUGCAAUCAUCAGAGAGAUCGGGCGAAUUCGAAUUACCGCCUGCCAAGGAAGGCGCCCAUCGUUGGCUGGCAAAAUGGCAGCCCGACGGUGUUCCCGAGCACCCCGUGUGGUACACCAGACCCGGAGAUGCACGACGCGAUCAAUUUGUCGCGUUCGCACAGCGUCGUCUCGUCCACCAAGUGUUCGGAGAUCGGCGUGGAUUCCUCCGGGAACACGGAGGACCUCAGCAGCCUGGCGGACGAGAGGCUGCUGCAGUCGACGCCGGCCCACACCAUCGACCGAAGCGUGGAGUCACUGUCACCGGACAGAGACACCUUCCUGACUAUGUCGCCGGAGUUCGGCAGAAGCAAGGACCUAAGCCUGCCGGACGACAUCGAGGACAAGAUCGAUCUGCUGAGCCCCGGGACCGACUGCACGGAGGACAGGAUACCGCUCACGCCUGUUUGCAACAGUUACUUGGCCUCGCCGAACCUCACGAUAGGGCCCAGCCCUACCGGUAGAACCGAGCUGAUAAUAACCGUCCCGUUGUCCGAGCAUCGGCCGUACGAGAGAAACGGUGAACCCAGGAAUUGCAGGUACGACUCGGAGUCGCGACCGAUAAUCACCUCUAAUCCUGGCUACAGGGACGACGACACGAAGGACUCCAUCGACUCGGACAGCGCAUCGGACGACGAGUUGACCAACACAGCGAAGGGAAAACGGAAACCGAAAGUGCCGGAUGGCGGAUGGGGCUGGGUGGUUGUAUUGGCCUCUUUGGUCAUUUCAAUGAUAGCCGACGGGGUGUCCUUCAGUUUCGGCCUUUUGUACAUCGAGUUCCUACACGAGUUCGGCGCGUCCAAGUCGAAAACAGCUUGGAUCGGCUCCCUGUUCAUGGCCGUGCCGCUUCUCUCCGGCCCGAUCAUGUCAGCGUUGGUGGAUCGUUACGGAUGCCGGAGCAUGACCAUCGUUGGCGGCCUGAUCUCCGGGACAGGGUUCGUGUUGAGCUCGUUCGGCAACUCCAUCGAGGUAAUGUAUUUGACUUUCGGUGUCAUCGCUGGUCUCGGCUUGGGCCUGUGCUAUGUCACUGCGGUCGUGAGCAUCGCGUAUUGGUUCGACAAGAAGCGGAACCUGGCCGUGGGCUUGGGCGCCUGCGGCACCGGCAUCGGCACGUUCGUGUACGCGCCGAUGACCACGUACUUCAUCGAAGAGUAUGGCUGGAGAGGCACUUGCCUGCUCCUGGCGGGCACCUUCUUCAACAUGAUCGUUUGCGGCACGGUUAUGCGCGAUCCUGAGUGGUGGAUCAUAGAGCAGGAGAAGCAGAACGGCGCGACACCGAGGAAGUCGACGACCAAGUCCGAGUGCGACAGGUCCAGCGUCAGCCCUGUGGACGAAUUCCCUGGGGUCGAGGAAUUGAGAAGGAUGCUGAAGAGCGGGCACACACCGGAGUAUUUGUUGCAGAUCCUCAGCACCACCACGGAGGACCCACAGGCGACGAACGGGGACGUGAAGUUCAGAAGCGUGGUUAAUCUACCUACUUUCGUGAAACACAAUGAAAAGGUGCCCGUGGAGGUAUUAGAAUCGCUUUCGAGUAACCCGAGGCUGUAUAAGGUCAUUUUGGAGAACUAUCCCAAUCUUUUAUCAUGCAGAAGCUGUUCGGAUAAAAUGUUACAAGAUUCCACUGCUGCAGAAGUUGGCAAUAAGAGUGUCGUCACAAUGUCGAUGAGGAUCAAACAAGCACCUGACGAGCCGAAACACGACAAUUCGUAUGCAACGAAUAAUAUUCAUUCAGGGCCCGCGUGCAACACUAUCAAAAAUCACAUAGCUAGAAAGAUAACGAAAAAGGAAUCGGAGGAAGUCAAUCCUCUCUUGACGAAAGAACUUGAGCACACGAUGAACGAAGGAAGAAAAUCAAAAUCGGUGUCCAAACAACGUAUCGGUGAACUUAAUUGCAGAGUGGUCAGAACGGAUUCUCUGCCGUGGUUAAGGAGACAGUUUAACACGAAUACUCACUACUUCAAAGAUAUUAGAGUUCACAGGAACUCGGUCAUGUAUCGCGGUGCCGCCCUUAAUUUACACAAAUACAGAUUAAGGGCCAGCAGUUGUCCCGAUAUUUAUAGGAAUAGCAUGACUACUUUGGCGAAAGAAAACGAAGAGAAAUGGUACAGCGAAUUGGUGGACUUACUGAAAGGUAUGAUGGACUUUUCAAUGUUCCUGGAACUGCACUUUUUAUUCCUCUCGCUAUCAACGAUCUUGCUGUUCACUUGGUUUAUCGUGCCUUACUUUUAUCUUGCCGAGCAUCUUACCAGAAACAGUUACACCGAGUCUGAUGCUGCGAAUCUCCUCAGCAUCAUCGGCAUUACCAACACAAUUGGAAUGAUCGGUCUUGGAUGGGCAGGGGACCAACCGUGGAUGAAUGUCAGCAAAACCUAUACUUGGUGUCUGGUUGCUUGUGGUGUGGCAACGAUUCUAAUGUCAACCUUGACCCCUUACUACAAUCUGCUGAUGGUCGUCUCGGCGGCGUUCGGUCUCUUUUUCGCGAGUAACUUCAGUUUCACCCCCGUUAUACUGGUAGAGUUGAUACCCCUGGAGAGAUUCACCACUGCGUACGGUCUUAGCCUGCUGUGUCAAGGUAUAGGAAAUCUUCUUGGCCCACCACUGGCUGGUUGGAUAUUUGACGUGACGAAUUCGUGGGAUUUGUCCUUUUGCAUGGCGGGUGGAUGGAUUGUUAUCUCCGGGUUUUUGGUAGGGCUUAUCCCGUACACGAAAAAUCGAAAGAUCUGGGGCAAAGGCCCUAUCGAGAUGGAGCGCGAGAAAGAUAGUAUAGCUUGAAUCAAUUACCAACUGUGCUUUUAACGAACGACUAUUGUUUUCAGAGAGUGUGAACAACAAAAAGGAAUUUGUCCUUCAUUUAAUGAUUUUAUCAUCAGGCCUGUUUCUUUCCAUUAGACAGCACAGUUAUAUUUUAUAUACGGUGAUAAUAGUAACAAUUAUCCGUAAUAUUUAUAAAGUAAAGCGUAAAACAUGUACAUAUGUUAAUAGAGAUCUCAAUUGAGAUACAAUGACAUGCAGCUUAAUCGCAUUCAACAUCAUAAUGUACGACGAAUUAGCGAAGAUAUAAAUAAUCAAUGAAUACAUCUCGUCAAAACUCUUAUUAUUGGCAAACUUAUGAUUGAAUGUCACAUUUCACGUGAGAUUUUAUUAUUCGUUAGAGUUAUUCUAUAUGGAAGUACAGAUGCAAACUGCAUACAGACGCGAUAUUUGUCUUUUAAAUUGCAAUUCGAUCAACGUGGUUGCGUAAAUGUAACGUGGAUAUUCAUGAAUGAUAUACACGAACAUCGAUAUGUAAUUGGAAUAUAUUAUUCGUUGUUGUUCUGACAGUACAAAGCUACAAUAUACGGUAUUAACUUAAUUCCAUUUAAAAGCUAGAUUCGUCAAUAAUUUUAUCAGAAACAAAAUUCUUUCUUAAAAAAAGGAACAAACGAAAGGUAUUCCUAAAACAACAUUUGAAAGGAGCUAGCUUUGAUAAACAUUUACAAAAUUUCUAUACACAUGUAGGUACUGAUAGAAAAUAAAAUAUUUCUGAGCAAAAAAGUGGUUAAAUUUGGCUAUGAGUUCACAUACUCAUAAAAGAGCUAAUGAUAGAGAUCUUGUGAAUACAAUUAGGGAUCGGUGUAUUUGUAAACGUUUGCCUUAUAAUUGUCCAAUAUUGAUAACGAAUCGAGAAAUGAAGUCUGUCAUGCUAAUUGAAACGAUGUACGAUAAUUUUUCGCAUCGUUGUAACGAAACGUCCCAACUGUGAUCACAAACUAUAUUGUCAGGUAAAACUUAGAAAAAUUUUCGAAAUUAGCAAAUGUAUUCUAGCUAUUAAGUAUUCGGCAUUUAACUGUAUUAACGAAGACUAUAUUAACGAAGUGCAGCGUUACUGUGUUAUAUACCGUAAUUAAAUAUUUCAAUUGAAAAGUAAAGAAAAGAAAAAAAAAAGAGAAGUACAUUCAA